AUUUUUUUUCUCAAUUUUUCUGUAUUUGUUUUUAGUCAAGUUGUGUUCUCUCUGUUGGGUUCAUUCUCAUCAUUGCUACUUGCUAGCCAUUCCUUCCCAAUUCGCACAGCUCUUGAAAUCUAUUUGCUUCAAAUUCGAAGAGUGAGUAGUACAUUGAAAUUUCAAGGAUGACAGUGUUAAAGAGGUAUGUGCUGAGGCUGUUCAUAUCGUUAAAGUACAUCACAGCAAAUGUUGUUGACAGAAAUAAUGGAAGGAUUGUUGCAUCAGCAUCAACAGUAGAGCAUGCUAUCAAGGGCAAUCUAGAAUGUGGUCGAUCUUGCAACGCUAAAGCAGCGGUGGUUGUUGGAGAGGUGCUGGCAAUGCGACUAAAGGUUGAGGGUCUUGAUCAGGGACAAGAAAGGGGGAUUCAUGUUGAUGUGAACAAGGAAAUUGCAAAGAAAGGCUUGGCAAGUAGCACCAAGGUAUGGGGAAUUGUCAAUGCUCUCAAGAACAAUGGAGUCAAACUAAUUCUCGAUGAUGAUAAUAAUAGUGCAUCUCCAUCGAGCAAGUAUUAGUUUUUAGAUGAUGUUUAAUCUCUGUUCCAUGGUCGGCACCAGCAUUAUCAAUGACAUAACCAAGUCACUGCAAAGCAUGUGUAGAAAGCCCGAAGAAGAUGAGCCAUAUAGCUAGUUUAGACUUUAGAAAGUAUUUAUUUGUUUUACUCAUAUAAAGAAUUCAUUUGAAUAUAUUCACUUGCUUACAAAAGA